AUGGCCGGAGCCAAGAAAGGAAAGGGCAAGUCCGGUAGCAAAAAAAAUAAUAAGAAGUCAAAGGCCCAAGAGGAGUCAGAGAUUCAAACACCUCCACCUGCUGCACCUGAUGUUACUAUUCCUGAACCACAAUCAGAGGAACAACAACAGCAGGAACAACAACCUGUUGAACAACAACCUGUUGAACAACAAUCUCAGGAGCCACAGCUAGCUGAAUCACAGCUGCAAGAACAACAACAACCCGAACAGCCAUCUGAUCAAGCAGUGGAGCAAAUAACUGACCAACAACUUGACCAACCCACAGAGCAGACCUCAGAGCAACAGCCUGAGCAACCAAUAGACCAACUCUCCGAGCAAACAACAGAUCAACCCCUAGACCAACCCCCAGCAGAGCAAGCAGAUCAACAGCUCCCAGACCAGCAAGCAGAGCCACUGCAAGAUCCAUCAUCGGAGCCACUGCAAGAGCAACCACUUGAGCAAGAGCUGCAAGACCAGCCGCCCCUUGACCAACAGUUGCAAGAUCAACCACCCCUUGACCAACAGCUGCAAGAUCAACAACCUGAUCUACAGUUGCAAGAGGAACAGCCAGAGCAACAGCUGCAAGAACAGGAACAGCAACUGCAACUACAGCCAGAAGAAGCAAUCGAAGCCGAGCCCCAACAACCAGAGGCUCCAGUGGAAGCUCCAGUAGAAGCCCUAGUGGAAAACCCAGUGGAAAACCCAGUGGAAGUUGAGUCACCGUCAGCACCAGAAGUUGCACCUGAAGUCGCAGCCGAAGUUGUACCAGAAAUUGCCACAGAGUCAAUCCCAGAGACAGAGCUGGCGCCAGCACAAGAAGUGGAGCAGGAACAACUACAGCCCACUACUGAGGAAGUUUCAACAGCCCCUACACCUGAGCAACAACCUCAACCACCGACCAAUCCUGAAGAGGAUGGUUCUGCCCAAGUGACUGCCCCCGACCUCUCCUCAAGUCAGCAGCUAGACGCGAGUGAUGUCCAGCGGGACCCCGAAGUGCCUCAAGAAUUACACCAAGAGGAACUAGGAGCAGCAGAACAUCCAGUUGAGAAGGCCACUGAAACGACUCCGGAGAAUAUCGACGUAUCGAGGGAACAAGUUGUCGAACCACCGGAGCCCACCCCAGUGACAGCACCACAGACCCCAUUGUUCUCGACGGACCCAACCACGGCAUCCGUAGAGACCCCAUCUGCUACGGAGACUCAAUUCGUUGAGUUUGCAUCUCCCACAAAGACCGACGCGCCAGAGAUUGAGUCACACACAGCUACUGUAUCUGACCCCUCCUUUGAGGCAGUUGAGGCAGCACCUACUUCCCCCACCCGCCAAACUACCCCACCUGUGUCCAAGCCAGCUUCUCCUGUGCCAAAGAACGCUUCCCCCACACCUAGGGCUGUUUCACCUGCGCCUAGGGACGCUGCACCUACACCCAAGGCCGCUUCACCAGCUCCUAAGCCUGCUUCACCUGUACCUCAGGCAGCCCCACCUAUGGCUGAAACUGUUUCGUCGAUGCAGGAAGCCGAGCUUCCUGCGGAAGUCAUUCCACCCGCACCAACACCCCCGCCGGUCGCUUCUGUAUAUCAAGAACCUCCGUCCACGCUACAGCAUCCUUCACCAGUCCAGAAGAUGGCCUCUCCUGUAUCAAAGGCAGCAUCGCCAUUCCAGAAGGUUGCCUCCCCUGUCCAGAAAUCCGCGUCGCCAAAAGUUACCAGCCCCCUCGCCCGCCACGCUUAUAUGUCACCGAUGAUAUCCCCGCACGCUACGCCACACGCUACGCCGCCAGUACAGCCGGCAAUGGCUCCUAUGCACCAUAUGCCUCCUCCGAGUACUGCUCCUAGCGUAGCUAGCUAUGCUACAGCUUAUUCCCCCGUCAUGACCACUGCUGGGUUUAUGCCCCAGUAUGCCUUCUAUCCCCCGGGCAUGCAACCCACCCCCCGGGGCUCUAUGGAGCCCAGCACCGCGACAGCCUACCAGCAUUUGCGCGAUCUGACUUAUGCCAACGGGAAUGGAUUCUUCGCCCCUCAGAACGGACAUCACAAUGGCCAUAACGGUCACCAUAAGGGAAUGAUGUCGCCUCCGGAGCACCCCGUCGAAGAACCAAUUGAACUUCUGCAGAGAAUCCAAGAUGCCAUCCCAGACAUCAACCGCUUGUUGGGCAGUUACAGGAAUACGAAAAGCAAGCUGCAAGCCCGCGAAGCUGAGUUUCAACAGAUGAAGACCCAGCAUGAGCAGGAUUUGAUGCACAAGGACUUCUACAUUGAAGCUCUUCAGACGCAAAUGAGGAAAACUGCCAAUGAGGCGGCGGAAGAGUCCACCAAACUGAAGAACACGAUCAACGAGCUCCGCAUGGAGCUUGGAAAUCUUGACGAGAAGCGGAAGGACCUUGAGGAGAAGCUGGAGGAAUCCGAGAGGUCGAACGAGGAGCUGACGCGGAACAAACAUGACCUCGAAGAGGAAGUCAGGACGCUUAACACCAGCAUGAAAGAAGCCCAAGAGGCUCAUGAGAAGGAAUGUGAGAGGCGCGAACAAGAGAAGGUGGACGCUCUUGCGACUCAGAAACGGGAAAUGACCGAAUCUUUCGAAGAGAUCAAGGCCGAGGAUGAAAAAGCAGCAGCAGAAGCUUUGGCUGCUCGCGAGAAAGAGUUGCUUGACCAGCAAGAAGCAAUGAAGAAUGAUUACGAAGAUCAGAAGCGACAGAUGCAAGAAGCACACGACACGUUGCAGUCGAACUUCGAUGACAAGGUGAACGAAUUAGACUCCACCAAGACCGAUCUCGAGAACAAGCACAAGGAGCUCGAGGAGACUCGUGUGCAACAUGCCAAUGAAGUUGAACUCCUCAACAACACCCAUGCGGACCAUGUGGCUGACAUGGAGAGGCGCUGGGCCGAUGAGAGGGGCGAACUGGAGCAGCGCAUCACGGACAAGUGCGAUGAACUCGCCCACUGUGAGCGCGAAAAGCAAAAGGUGGAAGAGGAUAAUGUCGUCAAGGAGCAACAACUACAGGCAGCAUCUGACGGCAUGCGCCUCACCAUUGAUAAUUUGGGCAAAGACUGCGAUAGGUUGAGAAAGACCCUUCACAGCCUUGGAGAAGCCACUGACCUCAAGAGCACGAAGGGAGAUCCAUUCUUACUGUCUUCUGUGAUGCCUUUUUUACCGUUCUGGCCAGAACUGUGCCACAAUUAUGAUCACGAUGGUGACGAAGAUUAUGAGAUUUUGGACUGCUUCGGCCAGCUUUCUCGUCUUAUUGUUUCCUUGUCUAAGGAGCACUUUGCGUACCUUCCAAUCGAUCCUCCCAAGGAUGUACUGUCCAAGAUACCUCAGGAGCUACCGUCCUUCCUUGAUAAUACCCCGGCAUCGCGUGAACUGCGCUCCGCAUACGUUCAACAUAUCAUCACGAAGACUUUGACUUACCGAAUCUUCCAUCCGUUCCUUUUCACCUUGGGCAAGAGAUACGGGAAAGCGGAUACUUUCUUCCAGAUGCUCUCGAUGGACAUUCGACGCAAGUCUGUGAGACGUGAAGCCUUCUGGAGGCAACAGACGCUGAAAGCUGCGUACACGACAUCCGAUGCCAAGCAGUCGAUCAACGUUGUGGCCGCUGUGAUCGUUGACGAGAUCAUCGACCACCUCAAGCACUUCGCCGACCCUAAACACAUGGAUACCCUUCAUACAAGCGUGCGGAAGAUUGUCAAGUUGGCCGCUGAGACGUGGAGACUUGCUCGUGUCGAACGGGAACUCAUCAUGGCCUCUUUCCCCGCGCCCGACUCAGAAGGCACCUCGAAUGAGACCUGGGAGGAAUAUGGAACCCCGAAAGAAGGCUGUGUCGGCUCCAAGGAGGACCCCACUCGUCACGUCAUUCUCCGGACUUUCCCUCGCAUAAUUCGGGAGGCAGCACAUGAAGAUUUUGCAGAAGACGAGGAGAAAGCCCUCUCCUGUACUUAUACUCAAGGCAGUGUUUUGUACUCCGACUCCCCUGUGGUUAUGGCUCGACGCCAAGAGCUGGCAAGGCGGUCCAUGGACUCCCUAGUCGGUGGAGAAGAAAGGCCUCGAAGCGAGUCGAGAGGCUCUACACCCAACUCCCCCAGGCGAGGUAAAGCAAGCUUCGAUACCCUGUAG